CUCUCAUGCAUUUGCUUCUUCACCUGUGUUUAUAAGGUGGUUUGAGUGUUCUGUUUUAAGAAAAAUUGGAGUUUAUAUAUUGCGCUGUGUUGUGCGUGUUUAAAGACUAGGAUCUGUAAUAUAGUAUUGUUUUGAGGAUAUUAUUUAUGUUCGUUAUCAAGUCGUAUGGAACUUAAUUAGGUUCUGCAGGAAGUCGGGAGCAUCCACAAGUGACGCUGGGUGCUGUCAAGGAAAACAGUGCUCAAAGCCACUCCAAUUUUGCACAUAGAACAUGAUAAAGGGAACAAUGAGAUGCACAAGCACACUGGCAGCAUGAGUACUCAGAAGGCUUUAGAUUGGUACACUGAAGCAUUUGACUUGGUUAAAGACCACCCAGGACAUGAUGGUCUACAGGACUGGUUGUCACUAGCAGACUUGAGCGAAGAUAACAUGUUCUCCCUUGAAGGCUGUGUACAAUUGGAGAGGAGGUGGAUACUCUGGCACAGGUUUAUGAAGGAAUACUCUCGUUUGGAUGAUUGGUUACGAUUGGCAGAGAAAUCAGCUGCUUCCCCAAAGUCCAGCCAUGUGCUAUACACCACAGCCAAAGAGGAACUGCAGAAGUUUGAGAGUUUGCGCACCGAGGCUAGGCUGCGCUUGACCCAGCUGGACAGCCUGAGCCAGACAAGCCACAUCCUGUUAGGGCUGUUCAUGGGCUCAAUGAAGACCAGGCUGAUAAAUAUGACCAAAGAAUGUGGGCAGCGCUGGGACAAGCUAAGCACCACUUUGGACACUGUGUGCCGUCGGUUGAAGCACUUUGUGUUCCAGUGGGAGGACUUUGAGAGGCAGCAAGAGGAAAUGGCCAUCUGGCUGGCUGACAUGGAUCUGAAGCUGACGGAGGUGGAGCAUUUUUCUGAAAUGAACACCUGUGCCAAAAUGCGACAACUUCAGGGCUUCCAGGAGGCAGUGGCUGAAAGUGCAGGUCGGCUCAAUGCGCUCCUCCAGCAAGGGGAAAAACUGAUCCAGAGAAGUGAGCCAGCUGAUGCCCAGGUCAUUGAGGGCCAACUACAGGAGCUGUUGCUAUACUGUGCUCGUGUCUUCCAGGGCCUAGGUCGUCUUCACACACGCCUUCUUAGCAUGAGGCUGGUGUUUGAGGAGGACUGGGUUCUGUGUCCAGACUCUGGCUGUCCCUCUGAGACGUUGUUGGAAGAGGAAAGUAUUAAAGACCACAGCUUUGCACCACCAGUUCAGGGUAAUCCUUCUCAGCUUUGUCCAGAGCAGCUGGGCCUGGAGUGGGAUCCUUCAGUGGACAUUGGAGGCUCCAUCUCCCAUGAUGCAGAUUCUUCCUACCUCAGUGCUGGUGCAGGGGUUUACAGCACAGAGGAACUCCUUACCAAGGAUCCUUUGAGGAAGAGGGCUAACCUGAGAUCCGCAGUGUCAUGUCCAGCUGCUAGUGUGAAAUGUAUACAACAGAUGGUUCCUGAAUGUAGCUUGGAUGAUAUGGCUCCACCCCAAACACCUGUGCCAGACAUUGAUAGGCCACCGUGUGCUUCAUUUUGGAAGACUUCCACUCCAGACUCUCACACCCCUGAGCCAAUCACCUUUAAAUCUGACCGUGUCAAUGCCUGGCUGGUUCAGACACCCCGACUCUGCUCUAGAGCUGUCCAGACAGAGCAUGUACCACAGUGUUCAAGCCUUUAUUCAUCGCCAUUUACACAGGAGCACAAGGGGGAGGAGGAGGUGAGGGAAGCUGACUAUCUGGAAAAUGUGCUUCUCAAGAGGCGCUCUUGCUCACCGCACACUAAUAACAUGUGUUCCAAGUCAUAUGACCUUCAGUCUCAUUCUGCCAAACAUUACCCAAGCCCACAGUGUAUGAAGGCGAAACUGAACUCCAGUGAUUCACUGAAGGACAGCAGCUGCACUAAAACGCACUGUGCCAACAGUGAACAGCACCUCUGGUCAAUAAGUUGCCUUAAGCUGUUGGAGAUCCGGAAGUCCCCAGCCCUGCUGUGCAUUCUGCUAGCCCUGAUCAUGGUUCUGGUUAUCUGGAGCAUUGAAAGGAGCAAGGGCAACCAAUGCUACCGCUCCAACUCCCUAACACAUUCCUUCCACCUAGACCUGUGCUAUGUCAAUGGCCCACCUCCAACCUGAGGACUGCACAGAUGCAGGGUAUUAAAGCUUGAGCACCAGGAACAGACAUGUGGAGACAUUACAACCAUGGUUUCUAAAGGAAAAAAAAAUCUGGGGAAAAAAAUUGCAUAGAGUUGGGGUGGAGGUCUUCACACAUUAGGCCAGGUUUUAUUAGGGACUUUAGAAUUUGUAGAGACACAGAUUUGAUAUGGAACACAUUUUGAUCUAUAUCCCUGGCAAUAGCCUAGUCUUUAUCAUUAAUGGCACAGGUUUGGUUCCGUAUAUGACUGAAUCAUUGGAAUUAUAAACAUCAGUGUCUUAAUAUGGGGGUUGAAGAGAUUUAUACUGCACUAACCAUUUCAUCCACUAAGCUAGAAAUUUAUUUAAGAUUUUUAGAAGCAAAAUAAAGUUUAUUAAAUAUUAGUUUGUGCUGUGACUGUGAUCUGUUUGAUCUUUAUAAUGGGUGUAACCAGUAUGGCAGUUUUUUGGUUUUCUGAUGCAAGAUGCAAAAGCACUUUUAUCCAUGUUGGCAGACUUGUCUCUUGUUCACCACAGUCCAUAAACUAACAAUCUGUGGCUUGAUUUGAGAUGACAAGGCGUUUUAAAGAAUGGUUUUGUUUUUUAUUUCCACCCUCAACUAAAUCCCUGACACAUUCUGUUCUUGUCUGUAGAAAGACAUUUCACUAUUUAGAUCCAUAAUCACAACUGAAAGGUUGUGGUGAAAAUCCAUGGGGUAACCUUUUUUGUGAUUACAAAUAUGGAGAAACUACCUAACUAGUUUUCACAGUAUUCUAUGAUGUGUAGGUAAAAGUUAGGUGUUUCCCCAGCUACAAAAUUCUGUGUGUUUAUUUUUGCUGCAUGGUAUGAUCCAUCAAAACCAUUCACCUUUUAGAUAGAACUUUUGUAUUAGGAUAUGUAAUGCACCUCCACAUUAGACUCCAACAGGACUUCCUCUGGUAAAUCUGAUACUUGAGAUUUUGAAGCCUUUGGGUGAUGUACUCUGUACACAUUCAAAAAAUGAGAAGUAAUGGUUUAUGCCCAAUGUAGCCUUUACUGUGGCACAUUUUGAAAGGCCUAACAUGUUUCAACUGCAGGCUCAAAUCAGAUUUGGUUUUCCCUGUCUGGUGGUUGUUAACCCUGAAUCAAGUGAAUUUUUGGGUUGAGAUUAUCUCUCAGCCUGGGAGCUUUUGCUGAAAAUAAUGACACUGAUCCAAAUUGGAACUGAAGUGAGGAGUUGUUUGUGGGUUGUUGUUUUUUUUUAAUUAUUUUUUUGCAUUUGAGAUUUUUAAUUUUCAGAUUUGACUGCCUGUCUAAAGAAAGCCUUCGGUGUUUUGCAAACAGCCUGGAACCACAUCACAGGGAAUUUGCUUUAUUAGACAUUUUAUUGUAGUAGGGAAAAACAUGACUGGGGGGAAACUUCAAUAGGAAAUCUUACACUGCUUGGCAUGGUCAUAUUUGUACCAAGAGCAGUAUUGUGGGCAUGUAGCAAAACAAUUAAAAAUAAUUUGCAUCAUAAGUAUUUUAUUACAUUUAAAACAUUAUGCAUAAAUGAAGACAGUGACUUACAGCUGUGCCAUUGAUUGUGAUAUGGAGUGAUUCAACAUGUGAUUUCUCCCUGAGGGCUAUAGACAGCGUCUAUCUCUGUCUCAGAGUUAAUUGACAGGUUGAAUAAGGCUUUUGUGCUAUGGCUGGAGAAAACUGCAAAGAACACUUCAAAUUGAGUUAGCUCACAAACUUUCUUGGCUGGACGAAUUUGUAGUUGGCCCUUCAAUCUCCUAGCUAUCCAUCACUUGGACUGGGAAAAUGUAUGUAUUUAUGAUCUAUAUUCAUCUGAAUGCAAAAAAAAGUGGAGAGUAUGGUCUACAUGCACACUGGAUUUUAAAGUUAAAUAUGAUAAUGUCAGUGAUGAGAUGGAAGACUGGACAAAUAAGGGCACAAAACCGAACUGUACAGUCUUCCCUCAAGUGACCAUCUGUGGUAAAAGUAACUACAGCUACUUUAUCAUAAAUUUAUUUUCUGCCCCUACAAAAAAUGUAUAUUAAGUGAAUCCAAAGUGAAAUGUGCAGUAAUGGGUUUCUAAUUAAAUAUCAACAAUAACUGAUGCAUUACUACCCUUUAUGUAACCAAAAUUAAUUCAUAAAUACAUGCUGUUUCUCAGUGCUUAGAAACCCUUUUGAUGAAUAUCUAACGGAAAAUUAAGAAUAAGAUUUAAGAAAACCUGACUCUGAUUAGGAAGCAUUGCUUCUUCAAUUUUGAGAUGGUUAUUCUGGAUUAAUGACAACGGUCUAUAACCUUUCUGAGCAUUUAUGUAACAGAGGAAUUUUGUUUACUAGCCAUACAAUAAAAUGCCCAUAUAGCACAUUCUUACCUCAAAAUCCAUUUGUUUCCAUUUAAUGUACAUGAAAUGUAAUGAUCUGUUACCAUAUGCCUAUUUGUAAGAGAA